GAUCGAAUUUUGAAAGCGCGUGCUCGCGAUUCUCCAAUCACGUAUCACGACAAGGCUGUUGGAGGGCUAAACCGGUAGUUGUGUCGGUUGAAAAUCGCGCGUUGUUGUAUUUGGUAAUUUUGUAUCAUCCAAACAGUAAACGACGCUGUGCUGCUGCAGAAUCUUCUGACUAUUCAGACGAAGACGAUGCAAGACCAACGAAACCAGCAAAAGAUAUAGGCACAGGACGUAAGAGAAAAACUUCUGAUACAGAAGAACAAAAAGAGAUCACAAAUUCCCUAUGGCAACGGCAACUUCUGUACUGCUGCUGCUGCUGUUGGCAUGUUGGUGCCAGACGGAGUCCAGUUUUGAGGAGCCAUUGCACAGCGAUGUGGCUCUCUCAGAGCUGGAGCGUGAGGGGAGAGACCAGUACCAGCAGGCUGUGGAGAGGAUAUCCAUGCCGCAGUCUGGGACCUGCUGGAAGCAAGCUGUUGCCGCCCUUCAAGGCGGCUGCCGGCAGCUCGACGAGAAGACCCAUGGUGAUCUGGCUCUGCGAUUUUCUGACUGUUUCCUGGAGAUGUCGGGGCUCGAGAAGCAUAACUGCCAUUUUGAAGACAAAGCGUGCCUGCGUGAAAUGAACCAGACUGCAUUUGAUACUUACUCAAAGUUUUACAUCCACACACAAAGCAUGUGCUACUUCCUGUAUAAUCAAGCAUGGCAUCAGGAAACAGAAAAAACCAUAGCACGACUGACAACUACAUCUUCAAAGAUGUCACAGCAAUUGCAAGAGUCUGCUCAGGUUCAGAGCAAGAUGUUGUCAGAUCUCCUAUUGGUGAGCACCGUUGUGGGGCAAGUAUCGACUGUACUGCUCGCCGUCCAGAAUCUCUUGCUCAGUGGCUCCUCGUUCUUUGGCACUGUGCUGUUCUUCACCGUGGCUGCAGUCGCCUUAGCGGCUCUCGGCCGAACGCGUUCCGGUUCCAGUAUAGUACCGCACAUGUUUGCUGUGCUGUUUGCUGGGGCUAUUGUGGAGACUGUUAUUGCAAAUUGGUUUGCCGAUGAUGCGGCAACUCAUUACCAGUGGGUGUGGUAUCUACGGUGCUUUGAAACAAUUUUGUGCAUGGUACUGCUUGGUUACGCUGCUCGGAGAUACCAGCACUAUGGACCGGCAAACAACUGGUUGUUGAAAAUGAUUGACAACAAGAUUGAUCGGGUGCUGGUUGCAGUUCUAACUAUAAAUAAGGUGAAAGGACCACUUCAGUCAACAUGUGUUAAAUGUGGACACAAUAAUGGAACAUAUUUGGAUAAUGCCUAUUACAACAUAAGCCAAAAAAAAGAAAAGUCACUGCCUGGAAUGUAUGAAAAUAGUAAAAGGGAGGAAACUGAAGACAAGCCAAGAAUUUUCUCGCAAUCAGCACAUGCACCUUUCCUGCGGCAACAUACUCCAGUGGCAGCAGACAGCCCUUCCACGACCCGUUGGGCUAAGGCUGACUUCACUGGGUCCUUUGAAACCCGCUACUCCAGACAGUCCAGUCUGCCACGCCGGAGUCCUACGCCAUUUGUCGAUGCCCAACAAGUCGUGACACCUCCGCCACCAUACGAUUAUGUGGAUUUGAAAAGCGAGGCUAGAAAGGAUACCACAGCUCCAUUGACAAGAAGAGAUUUUUACACACCAGAGCGUGAAACGCGCAGCAGUACAGAGGUAAAGAAGGCCGUUGUGCGAAUAGAACCAAUAAAAACUCGGGUAUCGGCCCCGACUCCACAGAGCCAGGCACCGCAGACGCCACAACCGCCGCGGCGACAGACACCGACAAGGAAAGUUCGUCAGGCAAGGAGUGAUUCUGAACAGAAAGCCCUGCAGACCAGCUCAGAGUACAGUCUGCGCAGCCACAACAGGGACACAGGCUCUAUAGCUUGAGUUUUAACGGCACAGCAAAUGGGAUUGCGUCACAUUUUCAAAAGAUCUGAGUAAAAUUUUUCCUUACCUGUAGCAUUUGGUGAUGUUCUUUUGCUGUCCAUUCCCAAUGACUUGACGUCAUAUAUCAGCUAUAUACAGAGCUCAUAAAUGUAUUAUACAUAAUUAUGUCUUUAGCAUGAAUGAUUAGGAUGCCAGCUCGCAGAACCAUACCCUUGGAUCAAAUCAACUGAAGUGCAUUUUUAAUACUUUUUGAGUUGGUGUUAUUGCACAAAUGCAUGUAGUUGUUAAUUUUGUUACAUUGUGUGGUACUUAAAGAAAUAUUUGUUCUGAACUGUUGAUAUGUAAGCCUACAUCGCUGUUAUAUAUAUAUAUUUGCUUCUCACAUCAUCAGAAUUGACUUGUCCUGUGUUCUCAUGUAUCUGCUUUAAAUGUGAGUUCAGAAUACUUGACUAAUUUUUCUUCUGCAUCAACAACAUUCUAAAAUGUCCAAAUGUUACAACAGUGUAAAGAGAAAUAUACACCACAAAUAACACUAUUUUUUAUCUUUCGUGUAAAUAACAUUAAAGUGAAACACAAGUUCCCAAACUAUUGUUUACUGCAGUUGUUAAUAAUCUCUUAUUUUUCUGUUCUAACAAAAGUAUCUUGGUAGUUUAGCAUGUAAGACUGAUUCCUAGAGAUUAAACUAAUUGUCAUUCAGAGUAGGAAUGAGUGUGUAAUUUUUAAAGUAAUGUGCCUUCUUUCUAAAUUUUGAAGUAAAUAGGACUUUGCUUUGAUUCUCUUAGACACAAAUUUACGCAAAAUAAAUCUCAACCAUGUGAUCAAUUACUGAAACAGUGAUAGCAGUUUCGAUGUAAAUAAAAUAAGCUAGGAGAUACUGCGCCAUCAUAUUUCAUGACUGAUGGAGGAGGUGAGUUGGUGAGUCUGCACGAGCAUGCAUUGUUACUUGAAAUUAAAUCCUCCUUCACAUAAGUGUGAUGAGGCAACCUGGACACCAAACUUGCAACAAUUACCAUUUGGGACAAUACUGUUUUCACAAAUCAGAAGUUGGGGUCACAAACAGCAGUCCACCUUUUCUUAAACUUCAAAAUAUUUUGUACUCGUCUGCACAAAAGAGGAGUGCACCUUACUGCUUUAAGAAAUUGGUGUCCAUGCAGUGACCUUCCAAUUUUUUCCCCCCAAAUUAACUUUUUACCUGAAUUUUAAAAUUAUGUUGCUGUUCAUUCAAAGUUAAUUACAGUUUAUAUCUAUCCUUAAUGUAAAAUAAGAGAGACAGUUUGUACACUUCGUUAACAAGUCCGGUUACGCGAAACUGGCCCUAAUCAAAUCACUCGUGCCAUAAGACUGCAGUAUAAAAAUUCAGUGUUUUAUUUGUUCAGUUCAUUAAAAUUUAGUGGGAAAUUGUACCUGAUAGCACUGAACUACAAUUGCAAAAUGCGAAGCAAAACAGUCUGUUCACACCCACACUAGUAACUAGUAUACUGUGAGCCACAAAUGGUUCUGUAUUUUUAUAUUUUUUUUUUUAAUUUUUAGCAAAUGAAUCCUAGACACAGUCAAAGCUUAUUGGUGGGCUCUGACUGUCCAUCCCAUUUUUAUGAUGCAUGUAAUUGGCAGCACAUAUGGGUGGAUCAGCAAUAUUAAAAUGCGCUGAACUACCUUAAUAGGUGCAUGUAAGCUCUCAUCCCAGAUAUGUCUCGCACUGGUAUUGACUCAAAACAAUAGCUCAAUAAACCGAGACAUAUAGCUGAAAAAUAGCUGUAAUUGUUUCGACAGGCAAUUGUUGAAUUUAUAAAGCGAAAAUUAAAUUUGAAGUAGAGCAUGAGCCUGUCCCCACUGGUCAACAAAGUAAAAGUGCAUAAGGUAGCUAUAGGUUCUAUUAAGUAUUUUCCAUUGAGUACAAUUAUCAAUUGGUUAAGAGAAAGGUGAGUCGUGUUCAAAACGCGGCUGAAAUCUUAGAUAUUGUAAGAAAAUCAUGUUAACUAGAAGUGCAAUUUAUUUUGUAGGCUGACUAGGUCAGUGUAUGGGAUUAGCCGAGCAGUCUAAGACGCUGCAGUCAUGGACUAUGUGGCUGGUCCCGGCGGAGGUUCGAGUCCUGCCUCGGGCAUGUGUGUGUGAGUGUGUGUGUGUUUGUCUAUUAUUGUUAUUAUUAUGAGUAUUUUCUAUAAGUGCAAAUAUUUUAGAUUAGGCUUUACCAUGACUAUUACUGAUAUUGAAUGAAACAAGUUUACUGUUAUCAGUCACUGUUUUAUUUAUAUACACAAUAUUUUAAGAUGGUUUUAACCUCCAUCACCAGGUGAAUUUAUCAUUGGCAAUAUCACACAUAUGGAUUGUGUUAUGAUUUUGUGGUAAUUUGAGGCACUGUCUCCAGUAGUCAUAGGCUCCUUUCACUAUCGUAACACGUCACAUGUAAACUUUCUUCCAUCACAAAAGAUGACAGUUUACAUGCGAUGUUUAAUGAUGUGAAAGGAGCCUUUGUUCACUGGAGACAAUUACCCAAAAUUGUCACACAGCGCACACACACACACACACACACACACACACACACACACACACACACACACACACACACGUGAUGCUACACAUGUAAAUACAACUGAUGGUGAAGGUUAGAACCUGUAAAACAUUGUAGAUAUAAAUAAACAGUGAAUGCUAACAGUAAACUUGUUGUUUCAUUUGGGUUAUAUUCUAGUUGGUUUUUCUAUGUAUAUUUUUAAAAAAUAACAGAACCCAAGGAUUAGAUGAAAGUUAUAACUGUUACUAAGAAGAAAUCUCUUUUCCAUAGACAGAAACAAAUUUGUAAAGUAUGUUCAACAUUUUUUUGGAAAUAAUUCAAAUGCUGAUCAACUUCUCACAUCCUUAAAGAGUUCUAUUUAUCAUUUUAAUACCAUUUAAGAUGGGCAGUGAUGAAUAUAUAUUGUUAUUUCAUUCUUCACCUUGUGUUGAUGAGCUGUAUGUUUACAGUAACAGACAGUGGUGGAGAGGAGGAAAAAUGUAAUCUUAGAUGGCAAGUGACCACUCACCUGAAAUACUUAAAAUUAGGUAAUUUUAAACUGUGGCUAACUAAUACCAUACAUGGUUCAUGUGAUAAGACAAUAAUUUUCAUAUUGCUUACUUUGUGUCGAUAUAUAGGCAUCAUAGUUGCAUUCUUUUGUACACAGUGAAUUACAAUAUUAGAACUAUGGAUAGACAUGUACUAGAUUAUUUUUAUAAAAAAAUAUUAAUUUGAUAUUUAUAUUUGAGUGUCUUUGAUGUAGUUUUUAAUGCAGUGUAUGUGAAUGAAUAAGAAAAGGAAAUUGCUUCUUCAUUAACAGCACAUAGAUUAUAGUUAUAGAUCACCUUUAUAUGAGUAUAGAAAUAAAAAUUGUAGAUGAUGCAUUUA